AUUCAUUGAAACUGGAAGACAACUGUAGAGAAAGUGCCCCAUAGAAGAAGAUCUUCAUAGUACUAUCCAUCUCUUUACUCUCCUUCUCUCUAUCCCUCUAUAUCUCUCUCUCUCUCUCUCUCACCCACAUAGAAAACCAGCAGUAGUAGCAGUAAAUUGCUUGAGUUCUUGAUGACAGAGACAAUAUCUUAAAUGAUGAAGAGAAGAGAAGAGAAGAGGAGCAAUAAACCUUGGCGGCGUUUGCAGCAGUUUCUUAAAUUUCCCCACCAUCAUUACUCUCUCAUCUGCUCCCAAAUCUGCUCCUUCUAAAUACCAAACACAUCUCCAAGUCUAGCUAGAAAUUAAUGAGCUAGAGAGUAAAACAGAAAGGUAAACACAAAUCCCCAAAAAUAAUUCAUUCACAAACCCCCAAAAGUCUCAUAAAUCCUCUCUUUCUUUUGGUUAGUGUUGGGGAAGUAGAAAAAAAUGGCUGGAUUGUUCUAUCUUGGAGGGAGAGAUCACAACAAACAAGAUCAUCAUCAAGACAAGGAUCAUAAUGAAGACAAGAGCAACAAUUAUCUCUAUCUAUACAAAGACGAGAUCUACAACAACAACAAGGGUUUUGAGAUUUUCCCACCUCAAUAUUUUCAACAACAACAACAACAAAAUCAUGUGGCUGCUCCAACAAAUCUCUACUCUUUUGGUAUGGUCCCGAGUGGUGGUAUUAACAUUAACAAUAACCGGAGUACUAAUCGGAGUUUGUACUUCAACGUCGUCUCCGAUCAUGAGCCGGUGAGAUCCUCGACGGGAGGGUUUACGGUAACUAGGCAAGGAAACAUGAAUUGCCAAGACUGUGGGAAUCAAGCCAAGAAAGAUUGUCCUCAUAUGAGAUGUCGUACUUGUUGUAAGAGCCGAGGGUUUGAUUGCCAAACACACGUGAAGAGCACGUGGGUCUCGGCUGCUAAACGCCGUGAGAGACAGGCUCAGUUAGCUGUUUUGCCAGCUAAGCGGAUAAGAGACACUAACUCAAGCGUUGGUGGCGAUGACGAUGAUGACAGAGAGGACGAGAAAAAUGGCGGUGGAGACGACAGUUGUGGGGGUGGCUCGGCUCUUGCUUGCACCCGUGUGGUUAAUGGUAAUUCUUCAGGGUUAGAGAGUAGUCACUUACCGCCGGAGAUAAGUUCCCCGGCGGUUUUCCGGUGUAUGAGAGUCAGCUCAAUCGACGAUGAAGAAGAAGAGUAUGCUUAUCAAACGGCUGUGAGCAUUGGCGGACACGUGUUCAAAGGCAUUCUCUACGACCAAGGUCCAUCAGAUCACCACCGAUACAGCUCAAGCGUCAACGCCGAAACUUCUCAACACCAUCUUAACCUCAUGGAUUCAAUCGCUUCAGCCGCUACUACAACCGCCGUGACCGCCGUUAAUAGUAACAACGGAUCGAUUGACCCUUCUUCAAUUUACACUGCGGUGGCGGCUCCGUUUAACGCCUAUGUCACCGCCGGUACCUCUUUCUUUGCACCUCCUAGGUCUUGAUAUUUUAAACAUUUGAAGAUGUUAAAAUCUUUAAAAUUACGUUUGUGAUUAAUUAUAACUACUCUUAUAACUACCAGAGAUCGAUCUACCGUCUACGAGUACGAGAGAUUAUUUAUUUGAGUAUUUUUAUUGUUGUCGGACAAUAUGGUGACUGUUCUGUUCGUACCUAGCUAGGGUUUGUGUACUGAUUAACAUGCACAUCGUACGUUUUAGAGAUAAAUGAGAUAUUAUGACUAAGUUUUUUUUGGGGAUAAACGAGCUAUUAAAUUAAUGUCAGAGUUUCAAAUUU